UGACUCUAAACCACGAUCCGUUUCCAAAGCCGACGUCUGAGCGUCGCAGUGCUUGAAAAGGAGCUAAUACAAAAGCGAGGGGAGCCGCACCCAGUAAUUUGUUUCGAGUCUCCCUGCCUCGUGCAGAAUUUCUAUCAACCCUCCAUAACGCCACAACAACAGUGACGGACAUCACAACACAAACGUCGUGGAAAGCCAGCUCUUGGUGCCGCAAAGAUGGGCUCUGCCACAGACGCCGAGGCGGAGAGGCAGUCUCUGGAGAAACAAGCAGACAAACAUGCUGCCGACAAACAGAUGCCACCCACCACCGACGCCUCGUCCGAUGAGAAGAAUGGCGGCGCGCCUGGCGCGGCCGGGGCCAAGACGGCCGAGCCCGAGGCCCCCAAGACGGGCGCCGGGGCCGACGACGACAUGCAGUACCCCAAGGGCCUGAAGCUGGUGCUCAUCAUCUCGGCGCUCUGCCUGUCGGUGUUCCUGGUGGCGCUGGACCAGACCAUCAUCGCGCCGGCCCUGGGCGCCAUCACGGGCGAGUUCGCGAGCGUCAAGGACAUCGGCUGGUACGGCGCCGCCUACCUGCUGACCAGCACGGCCACGUCGCUGACCUACGGCCGCCUCUACCGCAUCUUCUCGGUCAAGAUGACCUACCUCGCCGCCGUGGCCCUGUUCGAGCUCGGGUCGCUCGUGUGCGCGCUCGCGCCCACGUCAAACGCCUUCAUCGUCGGCCGCGCCCUCGCCGGCGUCGGCGUCGGCGGCCUCUUCUCGGGCGGCGUCGUCAUCCUGAGCUACACGCUGCCGCUGCGCCAGCGGCCCCUGGCCUUUGGCCUUAUCGGCGCCAUGUGGGGGAUCGCGAGCGUCGCGGGCCCGCUGCUGGGCGGCGCCUUCACCGACCACGUCACCUGGCGCUGGUGCUUCUGGAUCAACCUGCCCAUCGGCGGCGUCGCCAUGGUCGCCAUCUUUCUGUUCCUGCACAUCAACCGCGUCAACAACCCGGACGGCCUGAGCCUGGCGCAGCGCCUCAAGGGCAUCGACGUCGUCGGCCUGGUCAUGCUGGUGCCGGCCAUCGUGUGCUUCCUGCUGGCGCUGCAGUGGGGCGGCAGCGAGCUCGCGUGGAACAGCUCCCAGGUCAUCGGCCUGUUCGUGGGCGCCGGCGCCAUGGCCCUCGUCUUCGCCGGCAUCCAGGUCUGGCAGGGCGAUAACGCCACGCUGCCGCCGUUCCUGUUCAAGAACCGGAACGUCGUCAUGGCGAUGCUGUUCGCCUUCUUCUUCGGCGCCGCCUUCUUCCCGCUCAUCUACUACCUCGCCCUCUACUUCCAGGCCAUCCAGGCCGACACGGCCGUGCAGGCCGGCCUGAAGCUGCUGCCGCUGCUCAUCUCGGUGGUGGUGGCCUCCGUCGCCACGGGCGGGCUCAUCACCGCCGUCGGGUACUACAACCCCUUCAUCCUGCCGUCCAUGGUGCUCUUCACCGUCGGCUGCGCCAUGGUCUCGACCUUUGGCCUCGACACGCCCAUGCGCGAGUGGUUCGGCUACCAGGUGCUGGCGGGCCUCGGUGUCGGCUGCGGCUUCCAGAUCGGCGUGCUCGUCAUCCAGAACGUGCUCCCUCUGGACUGGGUGCCGGUUGGAACUGCAGCGGUGCAGUUUAUGCAGACGCUUGGCGGAGCCGUCUUCAUCGCCGUCGCGCAGACCGUCUUCACCAACGGCCUCCUCGACUCCAUCGCCACCGACGUGCCGGGCCUGCCGCCCGCCAUCUUCAUCAACAGCGGCGCCUCGGGUAUCCGGCAGACGCUCGAGCGCCUGGAGCGGGACCCGCAGCUCCGCGCCGUCAUGGAGCAGAACGGCGGCCUCGACCGCGUCUACGACCUGGUGCGGGCCGCGUACCUCCGGGGCCUGCGCGGCACCUACUACGUCGCGACGGCGUGCGCGGGCCUCGCCUUCUUCGCCGCCCUGGGGCUCAGCUGGAUCAGCCUGAAGAAGAAGAAGGCCGCCGCCGGGGCCGAGGAGGAGGGCGAGGCCGACAGGCAGGCUGCGCCGGCUCUUGCUGCCGGACACUAGGGGCAGUAGGAAUCCACUGUUUUAACUGUACUUUUAACCUUUUUUCUUUCUUUUUCAGGUCAAAGCUGUACCUUUUUUUUAAUGUUAGAAACCACCCCUC